ACAGAGGGAGUGCGCGCGCGAGAGAGAGAGACAGAGAGAGAGAGAGAGAGAGAGAGCACCGAACUGCGUUUUCUGUCCGUUGUUGUGCAUAACACAGAAAGAAACCCGCCGUGUCGUCUGUCUCUCCACAUGUUCGUCAGUAACACGGUUCUCGAGUGGAUUUUGUCGUGAGUUGUAACAGUGUUGCGUGCGCGUCACAGGUGAAGAUGGCGAAGGGACCGUCGCUCUUCGCACCGGCGCUCGCGGCUCUGCUGCUCGUGUACGGCUCGUGGGCGCAGGAAUUGCCCACCAACAGUAUAAACGGAUUCAGUUUGCACCCACCGUAUUUCAAUCUAGCGGAGGGGACGAAAAUCACGGCCACGGCGACAUGUGGAGUGGACGAGAACGGGCACGCGAUUCAAGACCUGUACUGCAAACUUGUCGGGGGGCCCGUGUCCGGGGACCCGAGUCAGACGAUUCAGGGUCAGUACUGUGACAUCUGUACCUCAGACGACACAAACAGGGCUCACCCUAUCAGCAACGCCAUCGAUGGAACCGAACGAUGGUGGCAAAGCCCUCCUCUCUCCCGGAGCGCAAAACACAACGAGGUCAACGUCACCCUGGACUUAGGACAGCUCUUCCAUGUUGCGUAUGUGCUCAUUAAGUUUGCCAACUCCCCGCGUCCUGAUCUGUGGGUUCUAGAACGCUCCGUUGACUUUGGAAAAACUUACAAGCCAUGGAAGUUCUUCUCCUCGUCUAAGAGAGACUGUAUCGAGCGGUUUGGUCAGAGGACCAUCGAGCGUAUCAACCAUGACGAUGACAUCAUCUGCACCACAGAAUACUCGCGUAUAGUUCCUCUGGAGAACGGAGAGAUCGUAGUGUCUCUCGUAAACGGGCGGCCAGGUGCCAUGAACUUCUCUUACUCUCCUGUCCUGAGGGAGUUCACCAAGGCCACCAACAUCCGUCUGCGGUUUCUCCGGACCAACACGCUGCUGGGUCACCUGAUGGGCAAAGCUCUGAGGGACCCCACGGUCACACGAAGAUAUUAUUACAGUAUUAAAGACAUCAGCAUUGGAGGAAGAUGUGUGUGUAACGGACACGCCGAGGCGUGUAACGCACAAGACCCCAAUGACCCGUACAAGCUUCUGUGCGACUGCCAGCACAACACUUGCGGCCCGUCAUGUAAUCGCUGUUGCCCCGACUUCAACCAGUUUCCAUGGAAACCAGCUACUACUUACAGUGCCAACGAAUGUGAAUCAUGUAACUGCCAUAGACACUCGUCGACAUGCUACUAUGAUCCAGAUGUAGAUCAGCGGAGAGCCAGUCUCAACGUGCAGGGAGAGUACAGAGGCGGAGGAGUGUGUGAAGAGUGCCAGCAUCACACCACAGGUAAUAACUGUGAGCGCUGUAUUCCUGGAUACUACAGGUCACCUGACCAUCCUCUGGAAUCGCCAGUUGCCUGUUCAAAGUGUCCGUGUGAAUCUGAGUUCACUGACGGCACAUGUGAAGAUCUGACCGGACACUGUUACUGUAAACCAAACUACACGGGAGAGAACUGCGACGCGUGUGCUGAGGGACACGAGCAGUUUCCCGUCUGUUACCAGAUCUACAUCAGUGGAGAGGCCAGACCUGCUGGAGAAAUCAUCAAUUGUGAGUGCAACGCUGCAGGUACUGAGGGGAACUCCUGCAGGCCAGACCCUCGCACCAAUACAUGUGUGUGUAAGCCUGAAUUCACUGGAGAGCACUGCGACACCUGCGCUCAUGGACAUUAUGGCCUUAACUGCCAGCGCUGCCAGUGCUCAGGCCCGGGUUGCCUGGAUGGGUCCUGUGAGGCAGUAACAGGCCAGUCUACGUGUCGCACCGGGUUUCAGGGGCAUUCAUGUGAGCAGUGUGAGCCCAGCUACUUCAACUACCCGCUGUGCCAAUUUUGUGGUUGUAGUGUUGUGGGCUCUACACCUGAGGUGUGUAAUGAAGCCGGUCAGUGUUUGUGCAGGCCGGAGUUCACUGGUCCUCGCUGUGAUCAGUGUCGCUCUGGUUUCCACUUGUACCCAGACUGCCAGGUGUGCAUCUGUGACCCCCGUACAUCUCUGGACACCAGCUGUACCGUCUCGGGCCAGUGUCACUGCAAACCCAACUACAACAGCCCCAAAUGUGACCAGUGCGCACCAGGAUACUACGGAUAUCCCAGCUGUGCACCAUGUGCUUGUUCAUCGGAGGGUUCUCGAUUCGGUCCCUGUGAUCCCGUGUCUGGUCAGUGUGUGUGUCGUCCAAACGUUUUGGGUCAGAGGUGUGAUAGAUGCGGUCCUGGAUCAUACGACUUUCCUCUCUGCCAAGCUGGGACCUGUAAUCCGGCAGGCUCUGUGCCUGAUGACAUCCUGUCCACCGCUGGAAAUCCUCAGGGUUCGUGUAAGUGUCGGCCGUAUGUGGAGGGGGUGGCGUGUGACCGCUGUAAACCUCUCUACUGGAAUCUUUCUCCUGAUACAGUCUACGGAUGCUCAACUUGUGAUUGUGACACAGUAGGAACUCUGAGCGAGGUUGCAGAAUGCACUCAGAGCACCGGCCAGUGUUACUGUAAACCCAACGUGUGCAGCGGGACCUGUGCCGUAUGCAAAGACGGAUACUACAAUCUCCAAUCUACAAACUACUUUGGGUGCCAAGGGUGUCAGUGUGAUAACGGAGGUUCGGUUGGACAGGCCUGUGAUGACAGAUAUGGCCGCUGUCGGUGCAGACCCAAUGUGGAGGGACCCAAAUGUAACCAACCCCGACCGGAUCAUUAUUUCCCCGACCUGCACCAUAUGAAGUUUGAGGUGGAGGAUGGGACCACCGUGGAUGGCCGUUCGGUGAGGUUUGGUUACAAUCCACUGGAGUUUGAGAGCUUUAGCUGGAGAGGGUACGCUCAGAUGACAUCCAUACAGCCGCGGGUUCUUGUUGAGGUGGUGGUUGGCUCUCCAGACCUGUUUCACGUGGUCUUGCACUAUGUGAAUCGCGGUGGCUUGGACGUCAGGGGGCAGGUAUCUGUGAUCGAGGAGGGCAGACACUUCCUGUGCGGUAAUUGCUCUGAGCAGUCCAAACAAAUCGUCUUUGCACCCAGUUCAGAAGCUACAUUUGUCAACGUGCCCCAGAACAGUUUUGUGGAGCCGUUCGUCCUGAAUCCUGGAACCUGGAUUGUGAUUAUAGAGGCAGAAGGAAUUCUGCUGGACUAUCUGGUGCUCUUGCCCAGCGCGUAUUACGAGGCUCCCAUCUUGCAACUGAAAGUGACUGAACCUUGUUCAUACAGCCACACACAGGAUGCCAAUCAGAACUGUCUGCACUACAUGUACCUGUCUUUGGACGACUUUCCAUCCAUCUCUGGAAAUGAAGCCAGCUGCAGAUCUGACAACCACCUGCCUCGGCCCUGUCACAAUGAAAAGAUCACGCCACACCAUCCCAGCAUGGCCAUAUGCAGCGGCAAUGACAUGAGCGUUCAGCUGCGUCGCCGUGUGCCUGUUCCUGGAGAAUAUGUUUUGGUGGUUGAAUACGCUAGUGAAGAUGAAGCCCCUCAAACUCUCCUCGUGUCUGUCAACUCACCGGGUGAACGAACACAUCAAGAACAAAUAACACUGUUACACUGCAAAUACAGUUUCUUGUGUCGGGCGGUGUCUGUAGACGACAUGAAGCGUGUGGCGGUCUUCACUCUGUCUGUGGAGGCUGAUAUUCAGCUCAUCGCCGACAGAAGCAGUUUCUUCCUGCACAAAGUGUUCCUCGUCCCCCGUGAUCAGUUCACCAUGGAGUACCUGAAACCCAAAGUUCACUGCAUCAGCACACAUGGACGCUUCUCUCCGGACAGUGGCUCCUGUAUCCCGUCUCGCUUCCAGAAUCCUCCUCAGUCUCUGGUUCUGAAAGAGGGUCAGGCGUCCUCUGCGCCCGAACCCGUUCUGGCUUCAGCCCCUGACCCCUCCUUCAAUGCAGACAGACCCGCUACCUCCAGACCACCAACAGCAGCGGAUACCAGUGACCACAUGCUACUCAACCCGGAUCAGAAUGCCGUAGUGUACACCACACGUGUGCACGCGCUGGGCCGCUAUGUGUUCAUCCUGCACUAUCAUCAGCCCCUGCACCCGACCUACAACAUCCAGGUGUACAUCAACGGAGGACGCAUCUGGCGGGGUCAUGCCAAAGUAUCAUUCUGUCCCCAUGGUUAUGGUUGCCGUAGUGUUGUGAUGGCAGAGAAUCAGAUUAUUCUGGAUGUGACGGAUCAUGAGGUCAUUUUGACCCUGCGUGCUCCCGACAGAAGAACUCUUUGGCUGGACUAUGUUCUGGUGGUACCAGAAAACACCUACAGCUCCACCUUUUUGUCAGAGGAACUGCUGGACAAAUCUUAUGACUUCAUCAGCAACUGUGGACAAAACAGCUUUUACAUCAACCCUGCCAAGGCAUCUCCAUUCUGCCGAAGCUCAGCCGUAUCUUUGUCUGCAUUCUUUAAUAAUGGUGCUGUGCCCUGCGGCUGUCAUGAGGUGGGAGCAGAGAGCGACACAUGUGAGACCUUCGGUGGACAGUGUCAAUGCAAACCCAACGUGAUCGGCCGAGACUGUUCCCAGUGUGCCACAGGCUACUACGGCUUCCCCAACUGCAGAUCUUGUAACUGUGGAUCACGUCUGUGUGAGCCGGUCACGGGUGAGUGUAUUUGUCCUCCGCGGACCCUGCAGCCAGACUGUGUGACCUGUGAGCCGCAGACGUUUGGCUGUCAUCCUCUGGUGGGCUGUGAGAUGUGUAACUGCUCCAGACCUGGAAUCACCUCACUGGACAUCAGCUGUGACACAAACAACGGCCAGUGCAGGUGCAAGAACAAUAUCGUUGGGCGUCAGUGUGACAAGUGCUCCCCGGGUCUCUAUGGAUACCCCAACUGCAGACCAUGUGACUGCAACGAGGCAGGGACAGAGAGAGAUGUGUGUGACUCCUUCACCGGACGCUGCUUAUGCAAGGAAAAUGUGGAGGGUUCUCGCUGUGACCAGUGCAAACUGGGAACAUUUCACCUGGACCCCACUAAUGCUAAAGGCUGCACCAAAUGCUUCUGCUUUGGAGCCACGGACCGUUGCCACAGUUCUGAGAAACGCCGUAAUGAGAUCAUGGAUAUGAGUGGUUGGAUGCUGUUGAGAAGUGACAGACAGGAAGUGCCUGUGUCUGUGUAUGAUGGUCAAGAUGUGAUAGAGGUGGAUCUGAGUGAUGUACCUGACGUCUCCCAGGAACUCCACUGGCACGCUCCACAAGCUUAUCUCGGUGAUAAAGUGUCAUCUUAUGGAGGCUAUCUGCGCUACCGGUUGCACACGCAGACAAUGCGGGGUGAUGCUUUUCUCCCUGGGGAGACCUCUCGUCCAGAUGUUAUACUGAAGGGAAAUCAGAUGACUCUGGUAUAUAUGGAGAGGGAAUAUUCUUCACCUGAAGAUCCUCAUGAAGGAAUUGUUCAUCUGGUAGAGGAGAGUUUCAGACAUGCGCAGACGGGGAACCCUGUAUCCCGUGAGGAGCUGAUGAUGGUGCUUGUGGCCCUGGAGUCCCUUCAGAUCAGAGCCCUGCACUCUCAAUCCGCCCAGUCUGUGUCGCUGCGAGCUGCUGUGCUGGAGGCGGCCGAAAACCUGCCCUCCGGUAGCCGCGCCAACAAUGUGGAAAUUUGUCUUUGUCGUGGAAACUAUCUAGGAGACUCCUGUCAGCAAUGCGCUCCAGGUUACUAUCGUGACAUUAAAGGGCUGUUUCUUGGGAAGUGUGUUCCCUGCAACUGUAAUGGUCAUUCUGAUCAGUGUCUGGAUGGAUCGGGCAUAUGUGUGAAUUGCCGUCACAACGCUGCCGGAGAUCAUUGUGAGAGGUGCCAGGGCGGCUUUCAUGGCAACAACAGCAUUGACGGACAUGCGGUGUCCUGCUCCAGCUGUCCCUGCCCACUGCAGGUGGCAUCAAACAAUUUUGCCGUUCGCUGUGUGGAGAAGCGCAAUAACAUGCAGUGUCUGUGCAUGCCUGGCUAUGCCGGAUUCAAGUGUGAGAGGUGCGCCCCGGGCUACUAUGGAAACCCUGUAGUGAUCGGCAGCACGUGUCAACCGUGCCACUGCAACGGUAACUCAGACCCCAACAUGCUGUUCAGCGACUGCCAUCCUUUGACAGGAGAGUGUCAGAGCUGCAUGCACAACACCGCCGGGCCGCACUGUGAAAUCUGCGCCCCGGGUUACUACGGAGACGCCAUCACUGCCAAGAACUGCACCCGAUGCAAUUGUUCUCCGUGUGGCACUGAUCGCUGUGACCCUCACACCGGUCAGUGUCGCUGUAAGCCUGGCGUGGUGGGUGCCCAUUGUGACCGCUGUGAGAACGGUGCGUUUGGCUUUGAUUCGUGCGCUGGUUGCCACAAGUGUGAAUGCGAUGCAGCGGCGGCACUGGUUCAGCCGUGUGACCCCGUCAACGGAUCGUGUUCCUGUCGGACUGGAGUGAACGGGCCGAACUGCCGUCAGUGUGCACCGGGUUACUGGGACUACGGCCCUGAUGGCUGCAGGAAAUGUGAUUGUAAGGGUGGUCACUGUGAUCCUCGCAGUGGGGAGUGUCGAUGUGCAGAAGGUCUAACAGGAAGACAGUGUGACACGUGUAUUAGUACACACAGCGUCCCUGUGCAACACAGAACAGAUGUCCACUGCGAACCCUGUGACAGCUGUGUGUUGGUGCUGCUGGACGAUCUGGACAGGAUGAACCAGCUUUAUGAGUCUGUUGCCCAGCAGAUGACCAGUCUGAAUGCUAGCUCCUUCGCCUGGGCUCAGCUAAACCGACUUAAUGUGUCUAUGGAGGCUAUUGAUAGUGCUAUAAGAAACUACAACAGCAGUCUGGAUGAGAGCAGGAGCCAGGCCGACAUGCUGGAUGGAGAGCUGCAGAUCAUUGAUUCAGAUAUUAAAGAGUUAGAGGAGAAGGCCUCAGUCACACAAAAGAAGGGAACGGAUGUGGAGGACAACACUAACUCCACACACGGCAGAGCACAAGACCUACUCGGCUUUAUCAAGGCCAUCAUGGGAAAUGUGAAAGGCCUUAUACUGCAGGUGAACCAGACAGCACAGAAUGAAAGCAAGGUGGUAAAUGAAAAGGAACUGGCUCAGAUGAUAUCCGAGAUGGAGUCCAUGCUCAGAGACAUGCGCUUCAAGACCUUUGACUUCCAGAAGAGACUUGCAGAAAAUGAGCUGGACCAGGCCAACAAUUUGGUAGAUCGUGUGAAGAACGACAUGGCGAACCGGACACUGAACAAUGAUGAUCUGGCGAAGAACAUCAAAAACAAACUGAGCCAGUUUAACCAGCAGCUCAUGGACCUGAGAGACGCUCUGAAUGAAGCGGUCAAUAACACUGCACACACUGUUGAGGCCAACAACAUCAACCAGAAACACCUGGAUGAGCUUCAGAAAAUAAUGAAUGACCUGCUCGAGAAGCAAAAGGAAGUGGAGCAGCAGUUACAGAUGGCAGAAGAUGAUGUGACCCAGGUCAACGAUCUGCUCUCCAUGCUCCAAGACUCCAAAGAGGAGUACGAGCGUCUGGCGGCUCAGCUGGAUGGAGCGAGGAAGCCGCUGGCUGAGAAAGUGCAAAAGUAUGCUCCGUCCGCCGCUAAAAUUCCCCUGGUGGAGGCUGCGGAGAAACACGCUGAAAUGCUCGACCAGCUGGCCAACAAUAUUUCCAGUCUCAUAUCCGGCUCCAACCAGAAUGGUUUCAUACAGCGAGCUCUGAAUGCAUCUCGUACGUACACCAACAUUAUAGAUAGCGUGCAGGAAGCGGAGACUGCAGCUAAGAAAGCCAACGAAUCUGCCACAGAGGCUCUGAAGAACAUAAUUGAUGAUGAUCUGGCCCAAAACGCUGCCACGUUGAAGAACCAGAGUAUGGAUCUCCUGACUGAGGCAGAGAAGCAAAAGAACAACAGUGAAAAUCUGACGCCCCGUGUGGACUCCAUAAAGAAGAGUUUGCAGGACGCUGUGGAGAAAAAAGACAGGAUGCUCGAUGACCUGAAAAACAUCCAGGAUAAGCUCAACUUUAGUCGAGAUGACAUAGGGAAGGACAUUGCAGAUGCUAAGAGCGCGGUGGAGCAGGCUAACAACACAGCCACUAAUGUCAGCGACUCGCUGGUUCCUCUAAAAAAGCAGCUUGAGGAAUGGCAAAAGCAGUAUGGAGAUUCCAACGCCUCCAGUGACGAUAUCAACAAAGCAUUGAACGACGCCAAUGUGUCAGUGGCGGCCCUGAGCGACACUCUUCCACUGCUGAUGGAGAAACUAGACCGACUGCAGAACAACUCACUUCAGCCAUCCAACAUCUCAGACAGCAUCCAGAAGAUCCGACAGCUUAUCGAGCAGGCUCGCAACGCUGCCAACAAGGUGAGCGUGUCCAUGCAGUUUAAUGGCAACUCUGGAGUACAGGUGAGGACGCCCAAAAACGUGGCCGACCUGGCAGCCUAUUCGAAUCUACAGAUAUACGUCAAGCUUCCCCGUACCAAACGCAGACGCCGCCAAGCCGAACCCUCCAAACCUCAGUUUGUCUUCUAUCUCGGCAACAAAGAUUCUACUAAAGACUAUAUGGCAAUGAAGCUGGAGGGGACAAAUCUGCGCUGGUACUUUAACGUGGGAGGAGAUACAGCAGAUGUUCUAAUGCCAAUGAGCGUGAAUACAGAUUACUUCAACCAACUCGCCCUGGAGAGGACUCUUCAGUACGGUCAGAUGGCAAUGGCCACUGAUUCAGAAGGCACAAAUAUAUUUAAGAAAAGCAUGGUAGCUGGUGGAGAAAAUGGCCUACUCAACUUACCAGCCGAGGAGACCGUGUUUUAUGUCGGCGGUUACCCCAGCACAUUUCAACCUCCAGCGGGUUUUAACACGUCGUCCACAAGCUUCUUCACAGGAUGCGUUGAGUUGCUGAGUCUGAAUGAAGAGCUCAUUAGUCUCUAUAACUUUGAGGAAACGUUUCAGAUGAACACCACAACUGACCUGCCAUGUUCAAGGAAGAGGCCUGUAAACACACCGGAAUGGGUUGUUGACGGUGUGUAUUUUGAUGGUUCGGGUUAUGUUGAAGUUGAGUUCAACACUCAGAAAGACGAUCGGCAGUUCGAGCAGUAUGUCAAACUCAUCUCGCAGGAUGGAAUUCUGCUGUUGUUCCACAGAGGGGAUAAAUUUGUGUGCGUGGCCAUGCAUGAAGGUCUUCUUAAGGUCUUCCAUAAUGUUGAGGGAACAAUGACAAGUCACUUCGAUGAUUUGUCUAAAAAAGCAAUUGCUGACGCUCAGUCGAAGUUUCUGGAUGUUAUCUUUCGACUCGGCAACGAUGAAAUGAUGGUGAGGAUAGGCCGUCAGAAGGUCUACACCCUUUCAAGCAAAGAACUUAACUUCACACAUAGCUACUUCCUGGGUGGCGUACCCGAGGAUCAGAUGCCUGAGAGUCUGAAGAGUGUGUUUCCCAAGCGUGGCUCCAUAAAGGGCUGCAUGAGAUACAUCAAGUCCCUGAAGAGCUUCAUUCAGAUAAAGACCAUGAAGAGUAUAGGAAUCAGCUACGGUUGUCCUGAAGAUCUCCUGUUUACCCGUGAAGCCCAUUUCGCUGGCGAAGGUUAUCUGGGCUUAAAACUGGACGAUGUCCCAGAUGUCCCAGACAACUUCUACGCUGGUAUCGGCUUCAGAACAGAUCAGCAGAACGGCCUCAUGUUCUACCAUCAAGGCCAGAGUGCUGUGUGUCAGGUGCUCUUAGAGAACGGUCAUAUAGUGAUCAGUGCUGGUGAAAAUGAGGUCAGGUCACAGAAGACAUACAAUGACGACAACAGUCACUAUGUGGCUUUCUACAGCAACACAACUGGGUUGUACAUUUAUAUAGACGAUAUGCGUGAGCUUGGAGAAGAAACUGGCAGUGUGGUCACCAGCAGGGCGGCGCUGCAAUCUGCUACUUAUGUGGGUGGCACACCUGAAUCAAACGGCCUCGCCAAUCUCACCGGCUGCAUCAGCAACUUCUUCAUCAGGAGAAUUACUGAAAUGCAGAACGUUGUGGAUCUGAUAAAAGCUCAAGAGGGACGCAGAUACACCUUUGACUGUCCCGCUGCAUCACAGCCACUGGAGAUACUGGAUUCACCACAGAAGAAGAAUCCAAAGGUUAAUGGAGUCUCCAGAAGUCGUAUGGCAAAUGUGUCGUCCUGCACGGGUGAGAUGCCCAUACAGGAAGCCGACGCCCUCCACUUCAGUGGCUCCUCCCACAGCCACCUGCGCUUUGAUGAACUCCCUCCAGCGUUUAGCAAAACGCCACACGUGUCUCUUGGCAUACGUGUGAACUCUUCGAGCGGUUUGAUCUUCCACGUGGCGGGAGGGAAGAACCAGAGAACCAUGAUGCUGUCUGUGUUUGACAGUCAUCUGAUGCUGCUGGUCAACGGUGGAAAGAGGAAGACCACCAUACGCAGCAGAAAGAAAUACAGUGACGCCCUAUGGCACACGGUGUUUGUCAAAGUGGAAGGUGACCGGGCCUCUCUGACGGUGGACGGCAUCGACGUUCAGAGCAAGAGAGCAUCAUCAGGUGGAGGGAGAAACGUGUUUGGAGCUCCGCUUUACAUCGGAGGACUUCCAUCAAACCACAGUGCAGCUACGCCUGGUUUCAUUGGCUGUGUGAGGGAUGUGAAACUGAAUGAGGUGGAGUUACAGAGCCCGUCUCGCAGUGUAGGGGCGAUACCCUGUUUCCAGCAGCCCCUUCAGCAGCCCGCUGUUUACUUCUCCAGUCACGGAGGAUAUCUGACCAUCGAUGAGUCACUGGUGCUGGAUCGGGACCUGGAGAUCCUUUUGGAGGUUCGGACAGUUUCUGACUCUGGACUCCUGCUGCACGCCGGAGCCAAGAAAAGUCAACAGCUGAGUCUCUACCUCAAUCAGGGCCAGGUGACCGUGUUGGUGAACAGUGGAAGUGGAGAGUUUUCAGUAAGUCUCACACCGGAGUCGUCGAUCUGUGAUGGACUUUGGCACAGUAUUGCGAUUGUGAAGAAGAGUAAUGUAAUCCAGUUACAUGUGGAUGCAGCGAGCGAACAUGGAGUGGGUCCCAAACAGCACGUUUCCACCGGAGGCAAAGAGACUGUCUACCUGGGUAGCGUGCCAGAUACUAUCAAGGUUCCAGGUCUCUCGUCGGAUCUGCCUUCAUUCCACGGGUGUGUGAGGAAAGCCGAACUAAAUCACAGACCCGUCAUGCUCUCAAAACCCCUCUCGCUGUUUGGAGCCGUGGGGACUCAGGGCUGCCCUGUCUUAUAGUUACCCGUAAAAACACACUGACAAUAUCACAUCAUCAGGUGGUGGGUUUACUUUAUACGGUUUAAUUUAAACAACUGCGAAGAUAUUUAUAUGUUCAUGACACCAUGUGGUUUUUGUUGAAACAAGCACUGUAAGUGCAGAGAAAUCACUAAUAAAGUAUACAUGGUGUACGCUGUAAGCAGGGCUGGUUUUGCUGGCAGAGAUCUGAAUUUGUAUUGUUAAAUAAUGCAUUCCAUUGAUGUAAUCAUAAAUAUGGACCAGUCGACAUUAACUGUGACCAGUCACCAUGAAAUGGGUUUUUAUGGUUCUUUAUAAACACUGGAGGUCAAUUUACUGUGGAUAUAAACAAACGGUCUGUGAGAUACCUCAUUAUUUGAACAUUUCCUAUUGUAUUAUCUAAAAUCACUGGAGUUAAAAACUCUAUUUUUGUCACAUGAUAUUUUGUCUGAUUCCCUUGAACUAUAGCUGUUUGUAUUGGCAAUAAACAAUUCCCUGAAACGUU